AUGUUGGUGGUGAACACAAAUAAUUUUGGUGCUUUUAAGCGAGUUGAAGAGAAGAAUGAAAGUCAUGAAGCUAGUGUAAAAAUGGUAGAUUUAAAUAUUUAUAAUAUAGAAUUUGUUGAUAGUGUCCAACAAAACCAAAUGAUUGGCGAUACGCCUAACUACUGCAUUCCUUUAACGAUUAACGCCAUAACAGUCCAGGGUAUCUCAUACAGUGACCCAUAUUUCAGUAGCUUUAACUUAAAGUAUAAGAUGGCGUUUGGUGCGCCGGAGCAUAUGAACAAGUCUGAUUACGCUUUUAAAUCCUCAGUUUGUAUUAUACGAGAUGAGCCUUGCGAUACGCAACUAUUAAACGACAAGUCUGCUCAUAAUAUGAUAUCCAAAACGAAAACUCGAAUCACUAAAGAAGACAAGUCUGUAAAGACAUACCAUGACAAUAAUGAAUCGGAUGUUGGUUACGACAAACCUGCCAGUAAGACGACUUUGCGAACGUUUGCAAACGGUGAUCUCACCUUCGAUGCUAUGUUGGAACUCACGAAAAACGAGGAUCGAAUAACUAAAGACAUGAUGAAAACUCACGAAGUGGACAGUUGGGGUGUGCUGAAGCGCCUGCGUCUGCGUGGAGGAGGCGAAAGCUCACUGAAUGCCGCUACCGGCUGGGGCAGCCCGCCAACGUCUAAUAACAGUGCUGCAAGUUGGGGAGGUAACUCCAGUGGCCAAACCAAUAAUGCAACAAACAAUACUCAACAAUGGAAUAAUGCGGCACAGCGGCCGCCCACUUCUCAAGCGGACAUGAAUAGCAACAAGGGCAACAGUAAUCAAAUGCCUCCGACAAGUGCCGCGUCUGCAAAUUGGCAGAGUUCUCCACCAAACAUGCCAAAUUCGCAAUCCAACAAUAACGGUGCGCCUACUAGCAAUGGUACAAACAAUGGCGGCAAUGGGAACAAUGGCGGUGCUAAUCCCCCAAAUUCAUCUGCCAAUUCUAAUGGGCCCUCCGUCGGCGGCAACGGAAACAAUGGCAAUAACGCUAACAGUACUUCCUCAGCAAAGAUUGAGCAACUUAAUUCUAUGAGAGAGGCUUUGUUCAGCCAGGAUGGCUGGGGAGGUCAACACGUAAAUCAAGACACCAACUGGGAUGUACCUGGAUCGCCUGAGCCAGGCUCCAAGGCGGAACCUACCGCUGGUGGUCCACCAGCUUGGAAACCAAAUGUCAAUAAUGGGGCAUUCCUCGGAACCGACUUGUGGGAGGCUAACUUGAGGAAUGGUGGUCAACCACCACCGCAGCCAGCUGCCAAGACUCCAUGGGGUCAUACACCGACAACAAACAUUGGCGGGACAUGGGGUGAAGAUGACGAUGUAGCUGAUUCAACUAAUGUGUGGACUGGACCACCUCCGCCACAGCAAUGGCCCGCGGGUCCACCUCAACACGCACAACAAUGGGCCGUGCCUAAGAAGGAUGACUGGAAUGCUUGGGGAGAGCCCCACCGACCGGUUGAUCCUAGAAUCGACCCCCACCGUACACCAGACCCGCGGUCACAGCAGCAAGACGCCCGUCACGACUUACGAGGAGGGAUUUCUGGUCGCCUCAACGGUGACAUGUGGAGCCAACACCAUCAGCACACAGCUGGACCGAAUAAGAUGAUGCCCGGUGGUGGUGUUAACCAGUGGGGCAGUCAAGGACCUAAGGAUCCGAUUAAAGGAAGUGGAUGGGAGGAGCCAUCCCCACCGGCGGCAAGACGUGUUCCUGGUGGUUUUGAUGAUGGCACAUCGCUUUGGGCUCAACAGCGUGGAGGCAUGGGCGGAAUGACCACACGAGGACCUCAAGGUCCUCCUGGUCCUCAACGCAUGCCACCCACACCUACUAAACCAGACGCAGUGUGGGGAGCUCAUGGUCAACGCAACGGCUCUUGGGAGGAACCUCACGCCCCGGCUUGGCCUGAACGUGAUGCGCCGACUUGGCCUGAUGCCUCAGGCCCCGCCUUAUGGGCUGUGCCUAAACAAAAACCCUCUGGUCCUAGUGGCGCUUGGCCUGAUGACAUUGGUGAAUGGGGUGGACCAAAACCACCUCAAGGCCCACUGGGCAAGCAGCUGCCUAAAGAAAUGGUGUGGAACAGCAAGCAAUUCAGAUUCCUGGUGGAGAUGGGAUUCAAAAAAGAGGAGGUUGAGGCCGCCCUUCGUAGUCGCGAUAUGAAUGCUGAAGAGGCUUUAGACAUACUAGCAAACGCGCGAGGAGGCGAUGGUUGGCGUCGGGAUGAACAUUUUGGCGGUCACCACGGUGGGCCUUUCCAGCCACCUCCAACAGUGCCAGUAUCACCUGCUGUUGUACAAAAGUUACUUAACCAGCCUCCACCGCAAUCGGCUCCUCAUCAUCAAACUUACAAUCCUAAUAGCGGCACUGGUAACAGCGGACAACCAAGCGCGGCACAGCUUCGCAUGCUCGUUCAACAAAUACAGAUGGCAGUGUCAGCAGGCUAUUUGAACCACCAGAUACUGAAUCAACCUCUCGCGCCUCAGACGCUCGUUCUUUUGAACCAAUUGCUGCAACAGAUCAAAGUACUCCAGCAACUACUGCAACAAAACUCGCUUGCGAUGUCCAAGGGACAUUCUUCCCUUGUGCUGCAGUACACCGUACAAAUAAAUAAGGCCAAGCAGCAGAUUACUGCUCUUCAAAACCAGAUCGCUACUCAGCAAGCUUUAUACAUGAAGCAGCAGCAGGCUGGCAGCUCAGAUCUGUUCAAGCAGAGCCAUGACCACCUUUCACCUUUGCAAAACAGCUUUGGCGAAAUUAGCAUCUCUAAAGAUUCACAGACAGGCUAUAGUGCCAGCAGUAACCAACAGUCACGUCUGAACCAAUGGAAACUUCCUUCUCUGGAUAAAGAUGUAGAAGGCUCUGAAUUUAGCCGUGCACCGGGAACUGCCAAAUCUACUACAAGCCCACAACUCAACCAGCUUGGACUGCAACCUGACUCUACUUGGGGAGUAGGACGCGGCAACGAAGGUUGGGGUGACAGCGGCGCAGACGUGGCUGACGGCAAGGAUGCUUGGCCCUCGCACCCUGUACACCCGCCCGCGGUGUAUGAUCUUGUGCCGGAGUUCGAACCCGGCAAGCCUUGGAAGGGCAAUCAGAUGAAAACCGUGGAGGACGACCCUGCGAUGACACCAGGCUCCGUUGUACGAUCCCCGCUAUCGCUCGCUGUCAUCAAGGACACAGACAUGCUGGGCGGCAAGACUUCCCCACCCGGGGGAGAACGCUCUUUGUCAUCUUCCACGUGGAGCUAUGCCCCACCGGGAGGAGGCGCAGGUGGCUCAGGUGCCGCGCCGGGCGCUCUAAAGUCGGACGCAUGGGGCGCCAAGCCCCGCCCUGCUCCGCCCGGCCUGAACAAGCCCUGGCCCCAACACCACUCCAAUGCGCCGCAGCGCUCCGGAUCUUCUUGGCAUUCGUCCACCUGGCUGCUGCUGAAAAACCUCACUGCUCAGAUCGAUGGCUCCACCUUGAAGACUCUUUGUGUUCAACAUGGCCCCCUGCAAAAUUUCCAUCUCUACUUAAACCAAGGGCUUGCCCUCGCACGAUAUUCAACACGCGAAGAGGCUGCUAAGGCCCAGAUGGCUCUGAACAACUGUGUGCUGAGCAACACUACGAUCUUUGCCGAAUCUCCGGCUGAAUCAGAAGUUCAAAUGAUCCUGCAGCACCUGGGCUCCGGCGGAGGUGGUGCCUGGCGCGGCGGAGGCGGUAGCAAGGACGGCUGGGGCGGUGGAUUCCCCGGGCUCUGGCCCGACUCGCACGAUCAGCGAGCUACGCCCUCCUCACUAAACUCUUUCCUGCCGCCAGACCUACUCGGCGGGGAGUCAAUCUAA